AGAACUAUAAUUAUCUUUUAUAUAUUUCAUAACGUUUAAUAGCAGUUUAUUAACCGACUCAGUGAACGAGAAGUUCUUUAUAUCUUAAAUGACUGGUUUUUAGAAAAUAGAAUUGUGAAUUUGAUUUGGACUGGAAAGUAAAGAAAGUACGCGGCGAAGAAGAAGGUAGUAAAAAAUUGUGAUUAAACGUUAAAGAACAUUAAGUUUAAAGAUCUGAUUGGAAACAAAUGUUGUUUCUUAGUGAAUGAAGGUUGAAAUCUCAACAUAAUUAUAAACAAUGAUUACAUCUCAAUAUUUCCGUACCGGUGGUGCAGGAUUCUGGUGGACAGGAUGCCUUAUUUUACUACAGCUUACAUCUCUCGUAUUAGCUCAAAAUUCGAAAAUACGUCUAGUAAAUGGAACUCGGCAGGAUAACAGCAAUGGUAGACUGGAGGUAUUUCAUAAUGGAACAUGGGGCACAGUCUGUGAUGAUAACUUUGACAAUAAUGCAGCGACAGUUGUCUGCCAUAUGCUACUGUUUACAUCAAAUUUUUUUGUUGCGAGAGAAAAGGCAACAUUUGGUGCAGGUACAGGACAAAUAUGGCUAGAUGAUGUCACAUGUCAGGGGAAUGAGACAAGUUUAUUUAGCUGUCGUGCCAAUCCAUGGGGUCAAAGUAAUUGUGGACAUGACGAGGAUGUUGGAGUAGACUGUGAUCCAAAUCAAGAUGCUAUAGUAACAUUACGGCUUGUAAACGGUUCUAACGGGAAUGAAGGUCGUGUGGAAGUGUUACAUGGAGUAAAUGGUUUAUGGGGAACUAUUUGUGACGAUGAAUGGGACGAGAAAGCUGCUCUUAUUGUGUGUCAACAAAUCACAAAGCGUGACCAAAACAGUAUCACUGCAAUACCUCUGACAGGAGCAUUCUUUGGUGCAGGAACAGGUAAUAUCUGGCUUGAUGAUGUUAAAUGCACGGGGAUGGAAACUGGACUUGGUGCUUGUGCCCAUAAGCCUUGGGGUCAAUCUAACUGUCAACACAAUGAGGAUGCUGGGGUCAUGUGUCUACCUAAAGCAGGUCCAAAUCCCAACGUGACAGUACAGUUGACUGGUGGAUUAACAAUUUUUCAAGGUCGUGUAGAGAUACGGGUGUUUAAUCACUGGGGAACUAUUUGUGAUGAUGGCUUUGAUGAUAGAGAGGCGACGGUUAUCUGUAGAAUGCUUGGACAUCGCAGGGGUGGUAGGGUGAUAAAAGGGGGAUCUUUCGGUGGUGGUAGUGGACCAAUCUGGCUGGAUGAUUUAGAGUGUAAUGGUACCGAGUCUAGAAUCCAAGACUGUGUACAUAAAGCAUGGGGAUCUAACAACUGUGGUCACAAUGAGGAUGCGGCAGUUGCAUGUUUACAAGAUACAGCACCAAACAUUAAGGUACGACUGGUGGGCAGUAAUAAUGCUAACGAAGGUCGUGUAGAGGUACAAUAUAACGGUAUGUGGGGAACAGUUUGUGACGAUAUAUGGUCACCAUCAGAUGCCUCCGUCGUCUGCAGAAUGCUGGGAUUACCAUUUUCUGGAGCUGUCGGUGUAAGUAUGGCAGCAUAUGGUCAAGGUAACGGGACAAUUAUGAUGGACAAUGUUGAAUGUAUCGGUACAGAAUCAUCUCUAGCACAAUGUAAAUUUAACGGCUGGACAAUCACUAACUGUGAUCAUACAGAAGAUGCUGGGGUCAUCUGUCAGGACACAAAUGUACACACUCAGAUACGUCUGUCAGGAGGAAAUGACCUGUAUGAAGGAAGGGUUGAAAUUAACUAUAAUGGAACAUGGGGCACAAUCUGUGAUGACAGUUUCGAUUCCAAAGAUGCUACAGUAGUUUGUAGAAUGUUAAACUAUCCUGUACAAGGAGCACUAGCUAAAGGAAGUGCGUAUUUUGGACGAGGUACAGGACAGAUUUGGUUGGAUGAUAUGAAUUGUAUGGGAAAUGAAACAGAUUUGGCAUAUUGUGGGCAUCGUGGGUGGGGAAACACCAACUGUAACCAUGGAGAAGAUGUCUCCGUUAUUUGCAUGGCUUCCCAGCGACCAAAUGUGACAGUACGACUAGUGGGCGGGGCAUCAUACAGUGAGGGGCGUGUCGAGGUGUACCAUAACAAUCAGUGGGGAACAGUCUGCGAUGAUUACUUUGAUACAAAAGCUGCUGGUGUUGUCUGUGCAAUGUUAGGUUUACCAAGUUCUGGUGCUCAGCCAAGAGCCAAGUCGUACUAUGGUCCAGGAAAUGGCACAAUAUUUUUGGACAAUGUUAGAUGUACAGGAAAUGAGUCUAGUAUAGAGUACUGUCGUCAUAACAACUGGGGUGUUAGCAACUGUGAUCACAGUGAAGAUGUUGGUGUACUCUGUGAUACAGCUGCUACCAAUGUAAGAGCCAGACUGGUUGAUGGAUCAUCUACAUCAAACGGCCGUGUUGAAAUAUUUUACAAUAAUACAUGGGGCACAGUCUGUGAUGAUGGAUUCAAUAUAAAUGAUGCCAAGGUGAUCUGUCGUAUGAUGGGAUUUCAAACUGCAAACAGUUUAUCAGUGUCUGGUAGCCAUUUUGGAAAUGGAACAGGUCCGAUAUUGUUGGAUGAUGUUCAGUGUCUCGGUUCAGAAACAAACAUUGUACAGUGUAGUAAUAAAGGCUGGUACUCUCACAACUGUAACCAUGGCGAGGACGUUGGUGUUAUUUGUAAUGCUGUUGCUGCAAGUUAUCGACUUGUGAAUGGUUCCAGUAAUAACAAUGGUCGUGUAGAAGUGAAUUUAGGUGGACAAUGGGGCACAGUCUGUGACGAUCAUUUUGAUGUCAAUGCAGCAAAAGUUCUGUGCAAGAGUUUACAUCUUCCAUAUCAGCAUGCAUUACCUGCGGGAGCCGGAGCAUUUGGGUCUGGUACGGGAACAAUCUGGUUAGAUGAUGUUACAUGUUUCGGGAACGAGACGACAUUAAUGCAGUGUGAUACAAGUGCACCGGGAGACACGGACUGUACACACAAGGAAGAUGUUGGUGUUAUUUGCAUGGACAACUUUCCUGCUACCAAUCUGACAUACCGUCUACGAGGAGGACCUGGUAAUAAUGAAGGUAGACUUGAGGUGAACUAUGCUGGAAAGUGGGGUACAGUUUGUGAUGAUGACUUCAACAACAAAGCUGCAAAAAUUGUUUGUGAUGCACUGAAAGUUACAUAUGUGAAGGCAAUGGUAGGUAAGUCAGGCAAAUAUGGACCAGGGACAGGACCAAUCUGGUUAGAUGAUAUCAAGUGUCUAGGUAACGAGACAUCACUGGCACAGUGUAACCAUAGUGAUUUUGGUGUGACAGAUUGUGACCACACAGAGGAUGUUAGUGUAGUUUGUGCUACAGCUGCACAGCUAAAAUUAGGUCCACUACGUCUGCGAGGUGGGACUACAACACGUAAUGGUCGGUUAGAACUUAGCAACAAUGGUGUAUGGGGAACAAUUUGUGAUGAUGGAUUCGGACUAGCAGAGGCACAGGUUGCUUGUCGGGAACUUGGUAUACCAACUGCUAUAGCUGUACCAUUGUCUAACGCGUACUACGGUGCUGGAACAGGACCGAUCUAUGUGGAUGAAAUUGACUGUGUUGGUAAUGAGACAAAUAUAGGGCAGUGUGAUAGAAAACCACUUGGUGUCAAUGACUGUGCACAUGAUGAAGAUGCUGGUGUUAUGUGUCUCUCUCAUGCGAGUACAUCUGGCAUAGGUUUAAGGUUAACUGGAGGAUUGAGCCAGAGAUCUGGACGUGUUGAGAUACGCUACCAGGGAGUUUGGGGUUCUAUCUGUGAUGAUUCCUGGGAUGAUAGGGAUGCUACUGUCGUCUGCAAACAACUUGGAUAUUCGAGUGGUACAGCUUUGAAGUCUAUAGGUACAGGUAGGGGACCUAUAUGGAUGGAUGAUGUUGAAUGUGUGGGUACGGAGUCUAGUAUUGCUAACUGUCCGUUCAAAGGCUGGGCUGAAAAUGACUGUGAUCAUUCAGAAGAUGCUGGUGUUAAUUGUAAUGAUACUACCGUCCAGAACUAUAAGAUACGAUUGGCGAAUGGACCAAGUAAUAUUGAAGGUCGUGUAGAGGUAUUUGUUGGAGGACAGUGGGGACCUGUUUGUGAUGACCAGUGGUCAAAUGCCGAUGCUCAAGUUGUGUGCAGGAUGCUGGGUGCAACCACUGAUGGAGCCACGGCCUAUGGUAGAGCCAAGUACGGUCAGAGUAACUCUAGCUUUGUGUUAGACCAGGUGACCUGUGUUGGUACAGAAUCAAACUUAGGACAGUGCCCUUCAAACCCACCUUUAUUACACAAUUGUCUCCAUGGAGAGGAGGCUGGGGUCAUGUGUAGGGGAGGUCAGGUGACAAACCUACAGGUGAGACUUGUAGGGGGAAGUAACUCAAACGAGGGUCGUGUAGAAGUGAGAUAUAACGGGACCUGGGGAACUGUGUGUGAUGAUAACUGGAAUAUUCAUAAUGCCAGGGUUGUCUGUGGUAUGCUGCAAUAUCCUGUACAAAAUGCAAGGCCUAGAAUGGGAGGUUUUUUUGGUCAAGGUACAGGACAAAUUUGGCUGGAUGAUGUUAAUUGUCUUGGUAACGAGACCUCUCUAGCACUAUGUGGACACGCCUCUUGGGGAACAAAUAACUGUGGACAUUCUGAAGAUGCAGGAGUAGUGUGUGGUGGUAUAACACAGACCAGUCCAAUACGUCUAGCGAAUGGUACUACACGAGCUGAAGGGCGUGUAGAAAUCUUUCACAAUGGCACAUGGGGAACUAUCUGUGAUGACAGAGUGGACAGAAACUUUGCCAGAGUUGUCUGCCGGCAGCUUGGUUACCCAAUAGCUAAUGUUGGCCUGAGGAAGGAGGCAUUUUUUGGUCCUGGAAAAGAUCCAAUUUGGCUAGAUGAUGUGACUUGCCAGGGUGAUGAAAGUGUCAUAGAUAAUUGUGUAUAUUCUAACUGGGGUAUCAAUAAUUGUGGUCACAAUGAGGAUGUCAGUGUUAUAUGUCAAGUUCCAACUGUACAAAUCAGACUGGUAACUCCACCUGGUGGAGCAGCUAAUCAAGGUCGUGUGGAGGUUUACUUUAACAAUACCUGGGGCACAGUCUGUGAUGAUGGAUUUGACAGUAAAGCAGCAGGUGUGGUGUGUGGAAUGCUGGGAUUCUCUAGGCUUGGUGCUGUACCAAAGAAGUUUACACAAGGUUCAGGACCUAUCUUGCUAGAUGAUCUUCAUUGCCUGGGCCAGGAAACAAACAUCUUACAGUGUGAUGCUAAGGGAUGGGGAAACAACAAUUGUGGUCAUGAUGAGGAUGUGGGUGUGGUCUGUCAAACAUCUGCACUGUCAUCUGUUAGACUGGUUGGGGGAAGUGGAUCUAACUCAGGGCGUGUAGAAGUUUUGUAUAAUGGAACAUGGGGCACAGUCUGUGAUGAUUACUUCACUGAUAAUGCUGCAAAAGUUGUGUGCAGAAAUCUCAAUAAACCAUUUGCUGGAGCAUAUAAAGUUACAAGAGGUGGUUGGUCUAAUCCUCCAACAAAGAUCUGGCUGGAUAACGUAAUUUGUACAGGCAAUGAAAGUUCUCUAGCUAAUUGUCAACACAACAACUGGGGCACUAACAACUGUGGUCAUUCUGAAGAUGUUGGGGUAGUCUGUACUGAUAAUACAACACCAGUGACAACACCUACCACAAGUCUUCCCCCAUCAACACCCAGUCCCUCGAGUGUUUAUACAAGGCUUUUGGGCGGCAGCAAUGCUUAUGAAGGUCGUGUUGAAGUAUUUGCAUUUAAUCAUUGGGGAACAAUAUGUGAUGAUCAAUGGAACUCUAGUAGUGCCAAUGUCAUAUGUGGAAUGCUGGGAUAUCAACGAACUGGUGCAGCAGCCAGAAGUAGUGCAUAUUAUGGACAGGGUUCAGGUAGGAUCUGGCUUGACAACGUACAUUGUCAUGGUAAUGAGAACUCUAUUGCAAACUGUCCAGCUAAUGCUUGGGGAGCUCAUAAUUGUGGACAUCAAGAAGAUGCAGGGGUUUCCUGUGCUACAGGGAGUUUACCAGACGGUUUCCUGCUAUUUACCGAUUCCUAUCAGAAAAUGAUAUAUAGAAUGGACCUGAAAUCAGAGAGUUAUGUGAAUGUGCCAUUGUCGGGGCAUGAUAAACCUAUAGCCAUAGCCUAUGAUUAUGUUGAUGGCAGGAUUUACUGGACAGAUGUCGGAACCAAACAGAUUAGGAGCGGAUCUAUCAAUGGAAAUGCUGAGAAAACAGUUUUAAUUCUUGAUACUGACUCAAGAGCGGAUGGAAUCGCUGUUGAUUCCAAGUCAAGACUUAUCUUCUACACAGACACAGGCAAAGAUAAAAUCUAUGUUGUAACUCUAGAUGGUUCUGCCAGGGCUGAAAUUAUAAACAGUGACCUUGAUGAACCAAGGGCUAUUGUAGCAGAUCCAGUUAAAGUAAAAAUUUAUUGGACUGACUGGGGACAUUCUCCAAAGAUUGAGACAUCAAACUAUGACGGUUCUCAAAGACGAACAAUAGUUAACACUGACAUUAUCUGGCCAAAUGCUAUAGCUGUUGAUAACACAGCUGGUGUGAUAUAUUGGGCUGAUGGAUCACUGAACAAGAUAGAGAAGGUGAACAUAGACGGCAGCAAUAGAGUGGUCAUAUAUAAAGAUAUAGUGUCUCAAAUAUUUGGACUAACACUGUACAUGGACGCACUAUUCUAUACAGAUUGGCGCAGAAGUACAGUGAUGAGGUUAUCAACAAGUGGAGGAGUGAGUACUCAUGUUGGACCCCCUGGAUUUGCAAGACUUAAUGGCAUCCAUGUACACAAGAAUGGAUACAACCCUAGUGGUAUAAAUGGGUGUACUAAUGGAAAUGGUCAGUGUAGUCAUAUAUGUUUACCUACUACUGGAGGUGGUAGAACAUGUAUGUGUCCAACAGGCAUGUCUCUCCAGUCAGAUGGAAUCAGUUGUGGAAACUCAAAUCCCUGUGCAGCUCUGCCAGCAAUAACAGGUGGCACGAUAACACCAGCAAGUUGUACAACUGGUAAGGUACAACCAGGCCAGGUGUGUACAGUAACAUGUAACCAAGGUUACAACUUCCCGGGUAAUGCUAAAUUAACAUGUUAUGGAAGUGGGCAUUGGAGUAACAAUGGAUACCCAGUAGCAUGUAAAGAUAUUACACCUCCUGUUGUGACAUGCCCAGGAAAACAGGUUAUAACUGUACCUAAAGGACAGCAGACUGUACAAGCAACAUGGCCGGCAGUGACGGUCUCUGACAACUCAGGUGUAACCCCCAACUUGAUACAGAGUAUGCAGAGUGGUAUGACCCUAGGUGAAGGUACUUAUGGGGUCACUGCCCUAGCAACAGAUCAGAUGGGUCUCACAUCUACAUGUAAUUUCCAGGUUGUUGUACAAGUGAACAAAUGCCCAAUGCGUACUGUACCCACCAAUGGAUACUUCCUGUCAGGUUCGUGUCCCGACUACUAUGGUGCCACCUGUAUGUUGGCCUGUAAUCCUGGGUACAAACUUAGUGAUCCCACCCACAAUGGUCAGAUCACGUGUACAUUGGAUAGUAACAAAAGACCUAUGUGGACCGGUGUUGGACUCUCUUGUCAAGCUGUAACAUGUCCUCAGUUAAACACACCAACAAAUGCCAUGAUGUCUGGGUGUUCUGCACCAUUUAAUUAUGGAGCUGUGUGCCAACAACAAUGUCAGUCAGGUUUCUACAGAACACAGGGAACCGAUACACGUAUGUGUAUGAGGGACGGUACCUGGUCAGGACAGUCGCUUGUCUGUUCCAAUAAUGCAGGUGGUGCGCAGGCACAGACAGGGUCAGCAUCCCCCACAAGUGGUAGCACAAGUAAUGUGGGUAUAACUGCUGCUGUAGUUGUCGGUGUUGUCUUCAUUGUUCUUAUUAUUGGAGGAAUAUUUGUCUAUUUAAAGAGAUUGAAUAUGCAGGCAAGUAUGAGUGGUGGAGCAUAUCCAAUGGAGAGCAUGUCUACAUCAUUAACUAGCACCAAACGUACAGGGGGCGGGGCAACAGGAGCUGCAGGCUGGGAAAACCCCAAUUACAGUAACAUUGAUGCCGAUGCAUAACUUUCAUUAUUAUUACAAAAAACUAAUUCCAGUCUUAAUAAAUAGUCAUGUUUGAUGUUACAUUAACAUAUAACUAUUUUAAAACUUGCAAUGAAAAGAAUAGCCAUUAAAGGUUUGACACUGUGAUGGGCAAAUAAUAGAAUUUGUGAAAAUAAAGAAAAAGUAAAGAAGAAAAAUGUUUAUGUAAACAUAGACAUUAUAGAGACAAUAAUAACUUGCCUCAUGCAAGAGUGAUGUUCUAAAAUGGCUGAAAUGGAAGAAAUAAGUAGUGAAUUGUCUAACAAAAUUGAUGUGCAGGUUUACAAAGUGUCAGUAUUUAAAUAGUAAACAGCUCAAUGUAUAUACAAUGUGACAGAUAUUUCACAAACUAUUUGGAUGCAAGUUUUUAGCUCACUUGAAUAUGAAAUGCUAACAAUCAAUGUGACUCAUAUUUGAACUAUUACACCUACCUAUAUUACUUCUUUGAUAAAAAAAGACAAGCCAAAAGGUUCUAUAUGCAGUUGGCAGUUAUUUGAAAUAGAUAGUAACUACAGGGAACAUGUCCUUUUAUAUGCAUGACAUUUUUU